AUGAAUACCAAGACCAAUCCAGAGAGCCCCGACAGUUCGAGGUCUUCGAAAAAGGGAGAGUCUGUUGCUGGUUUUGACUUGACCCGUGCAGCCUGUAUAUUGAUCGCAGGUCAGACGGUAAUUAAGCUCAUGACCUUUGCGAUGAACCAAAUGCUGAUUCAGCAUGUCACACCCACAGGUCUAGGGCUUUGCAGCCUGAUCGAGUUUGUGAUCAACAGUGUGCUUUUUAUCAGCAGAGAACCGGUCAGGCUAUCUGUGCAGGCUAUGAAUACUGAAUUAAAGGAUUACAACCAGCUCUUGGUGAACUUUUCCUACUUGCCGUUGCUUUUCUGUACCAUUAUUGUUGGCCCCUUCGUCUACUGGCAACUGGGCUUUGGCGGCCUAUUUUUGCACUCGUGGCACUAUCAGCUCUGUCUGGUCGCUAUUAUAGCUUCAUUGGUGCUAGAGAUCCUUAGCGAGCCUUACUACAAUGCUAACCAGACACAAUUGAAUGUCGCGAAAAGAGCGAAGAUUGAAAGUUUCGCCUCCUUUGUCAAAUGUGUGAUUCAGUUUACAAUCGUGAUGAACAUUCGUAUGAAAGCCGGCAAAGACGCCACAUUCGUGGUUGCUUAUAUCCUUGCACAGUUCUUUUACUCCUUCACUGUUUUUGUUUGCUAUUCAAGAUUCAGGAUCGCUUGGCCCCGGUUCUCAACUACAGGCGCCUUCCUCGAGCCGUCCACAUGGAAAUAUCUGUGCUCGCUUUUCCUUCAACAGAUAUUCAAGCAAUUCCUCACCGAGGGAGACAGGUUCGUGCUCAAUCAGUUCUUUCCUAUUGUUGAUCAGGGAUACUAUGCUAUCGUGCUCAACUAUGGGUCGUUAAUGGCACGUUUGCUGUUUCAGCCAAUUGAGGAGACCAUCAGAAUGAACACUGCAAAGCUUUUUGCAUCAAAUCAGUCAGAAACAUGCAAGAGGUCAAGUCUCAACAGCAAUUUUUACAAAGUGGCAACCGUUUACAUCUACAUAUUGACUCUGCUACUUUUAUUUGCUCCUCGAAAUACCUCAUUCCUCAUUCAUCAGGCAUUUCCAAACAUGGCAGACCCCGAAAAGCUUGUCGAGGUUUUCAAGAUCUAUUGGUAUUACCUUCCUCUACUAUCCAUGAAUGGUAUACUCGAAGCGCUCUUCAACUCUGUCUAUACAGAUCCGCAUCACGUGAGUCUGUACUCGCGACUAAUGUUCGUCAAUUCCGCGUGUUUCUAUCUGACUUCUGCCUUCUUCAUCAAACGACUACAGCUCGGGCUUGUAGGUCUGAUUUUGGCAAACUCCAUCAACAUGCUCAUUCGGAUUCUCUUUUGCGCGUUUGAAGUCAAACCGUUUCUCAGCUUCAAACACCAAAAUUACACCAGGUUCCUCUACUUCUGGGCAUUUUGUGCCGUUAUAGUCGCCGCUCAAAACAAAAUCGUUGCAGGAGAUACGUCCACUGCGAUUCAGUUCGGUCAGAACUUUGCACUCGGACUUGCUGCCUUGGCCUUCAUCGUUAUCAUCGAAAGCAAAAAUUUAUUGUCUAGCAUAUGA